AUGCGACGCUGUGUUCGGGGGCGCGUUUCCUUCUCCCCGCCUGGGAGCUUUCUGGGUCGCUUCUUUGGCGCCACCGUUGACACACCCGAGGCCGCCCGGGACGCAAUUGCCGCCUAUGAACGACGCCAGCGCGAGGCGGAGCUUGCAGUGGACACCAGGUCUGUUCUGUUUGCAUGCGCCGCAAGCGCUGACCACCGGGCUCGUAUAGCGGCGGCCGAGGCGUUUGACGUGGCCGCGGCAGCCCUUCCCCGUGCUCCCAAUUUUUGCUUCAUGAGCCUCUCGCUCGACUACGCGGCGAUGAUUGACGCCCCCGAAGUGGUGUGGUUCAACCUCUGCAAGGUCAACGACGUCACGACCUCCACUGUGCGGCCACAGCAGCUCCACAUGGUGGGAGGGGCCACGCGGCACCAGCGGCCCGGAGGCGGGUACAUCCAGGUGCUGCUUGGCUGCAUUCCCGACCUUGAAACUGACGUCUUCACAUUUGACGCGAUCCCCGAGGAGGAGGAUCUUCGGGACGCCAGCCGGCCGCCACCGGCUUUGUGUUUUGCCAUGCUAGACAACAAACUCACCUUACAGUACGAACGUGUGUUGUCCGAGCGCCUUCAACUGCUUGGGGACCGGCUUGGGGGUUCGCCAAUUGUUGGGGGUAUUUUCCCACCCUGUCAGAGGGCCAACAGCGACGAGGCAAAGAAGCAAACUGAUGAGGGCGACGAAAGGGACGAAAGCGCGCACGCCGGUGAUUCUCUGGCGAACGACAUGGGGGACUCCAUCUUUUUUUGCAACGAUCGUGUGUACACAGGGAGUGCCGCAUGCAUGCUCCUUCGCAGUGCGAUGGUGAGGGGGCACCAGGUGGACGUUGUCCCCUCCAUCGGCAUGGAACGGGUGAAGGUCACGUCGGUUAGUUUUUCAGAGGGUGUCUUUACCAUUACGACGCUAAACGAAAAACGGGCGACAGACGUGAUCAGAGAUGUGUACUGUUCUCGCGAGCUGGAAGGGAAAAACUCGAAGGUGUUUCUUGGCGUUCAGCACAAAGGUGUCUGUCUUCCCCUCUCCUUUGUUGGACACCCGGAGAGCGGGACGCUGCAGCUCUCCGCCCCAAAGGGCGUGGAGCUUCACGCCGGAGACACCAUUGAGCUUUUGGUGGAUGACGUUGAGCUGGACUCCGAGGCCGCCGCUGCUCUUCUUAUCGACCUACAGACAAAAUUGUCUGUCACUCACGUCAUGAAAGACAUCACUGUUGCCAGGGAGGCGCGCAAAAACAUUGUGGCAUCUUCUCUGGCUGGUUUUCAUUUUUCACAUGGUGGCAUGAACGUUGUGGCGCGUCCCGAGGUCAACGUGACGCUUGGGAAUGCAUCGACCAUGUAUGCACCUUCGGUGUUGCAGCGCUGUCUAGGGAAGUGUUGUCCCACCUCAGGCUUCUUUUCUCCGGGGCAGGUCUUUACGUUGGGCAGCUGCACCGGUGUGUACGCCAGAUCAAGCAGCUAUAGCUUGCUUGAAGGGCUUCAAUGA